ACUAUUUCUGGCGAAACGGCUUUUGACACGAUAUACAUAUCGAUCUUGCGUUUAUCGUUGCCUGGCGUUGAUCUGCUUUGAUCGUCGGCGGAGUUGCGGAGAAGACCGGCUGCGGUUCUACAUAACUCAGCUGUCUGCCAGCUCAUUGCGCCUGUGUGACUAUCCACCCUAAUUAGCGAUCUUCUCAUAUCUCCAUAGCGAUGCUCACCUUUCGGAAGUCGCUACUCGCGGCAGCACUUCUGAUUACCUUUAUCGUCUACCUCCGAUCGUCGCAUCCCGCCUCUUCCCUCCCGUCCCCAGAGACCGCCUCCGCCGGACACCUAUACAAUCAGGAUUACGACGGCCAUGCAGACAAUGAUCGAAAAGGUGGAACGAAGGACACCGUACAACAGCUGCCGCUGACCCCGCCACCGAGCGCCCCCUUGCGCGAGCGCUUGCGCUACCACUUUCCCUACGAUCUGGAAGCCAAGUUUCCUGCAUUCAUCUGGCAGACAUGGAAAUAUGCGCCCUCCUCCAUGUUCUUCAGCGAAAGCCUUCGUGAUCCCGAGUCCAGCUGGUCUGAGCUGCAUCCCGGAUUUGUCCACGAGGUCGUCCCCGAUGAUACCCAACGCCAUCUGAUCAAAUACCUAUACGGUGCCGUUCCGGAUGUGUUCGAGGCCUACGAUGCUAUGCCGUUGCCCGUCUUGAAGGCCGACUUUUUCCGAUACUUGAUCCUGCUCGCGCGGGGUGGAAUUUACAGCGAUAUUGAUACGACGGCGUUGAAGCCAGCGUCUGACUGGCUGCCAGCAGAGUUGGAUCUGGCUACAGUUGGAGCGGUGGUGGGCAUUGAGGCGGAUCCUGACCGCCCCGACUGGCAUGACUGGUAUGCGCGCAGAAUCCAGUUCUGCCAAUGGACCAUUCAAGCCAAGCCCGGACACCCCAUCAUGCGCGAUAUUGUCUCCUACAUUACGGAGGAGACGUUGCGGAUGAAGAAGGCGGGUAUUCUAAAGACUGGCAAGAUGGAUAAGACUGUCAUGGAGUAUACUGGGCCGGGAGCUUGGACGGAUGCCGUUUUCCGGUAUUUCAACGAUCCAGACUACUUCAACAUUGAACCCGGCUCGACGUUGAACAUCACGUACGAGGACUUUACGGGUCAAGAGGGGUAUAAGAAGGUGGGAGACGUGGUGGUUUUGCCCAUCACCAGCUUCAGCCCGGGAGUGCACCAAAUGGGUGCUGGGGAUGUCGAUGAUCCGAUGGCAUUCGUGAAACAUCACUUUGAAGGAACUUGGAAGGAUGACCCGUCUCUAUAAGCUGUCACCAAGAAUCGCUUUACACCAAUCUACACUCCGACUCAUCAAUCCAGCUGGCUCCGCCAGUAGGACACUGAAUGGCUCUACCUAUACAACACGUGUCAUUACACAAUGGAUAUGGCCACAUACCAUCAGUGGCAUAUCAACCGAUGCUUGCACAUUGCCGGUUGACACGAGCAAGAAGCUCCCAUGACCGCCCGUUCGGCAACCUCGCAGCAUCACCCACCAGUUUCCGUCCUCGACCUAAACCUAAUGCCCUUGCUUACCCAAGCUAGCCAUGUCAUGUAUACGAAAUGCUGGCUUUCCUACCGACUAAGCUGUUGCUUGUGCUGUUGAGUAACGGCUCUUAGCUUAGCCUCCUCUGAUGUCAAGCACGUCCGAGCUUUAGCUCGAUCGAUACUAUGCUUG